UGCAGGGUCGGGCAGACAGCUGCCACGCCGGGCCAGCCCAGUCUCUCCUGAAUCAGCAGCUCUGGGUUCACCUUCCAGACUAAAGGCACGGCAGCAGUGUCCGCUUCCAGUUCUUUGUGUAGUAAGGAAAGACCUCUCCACUGGCCCAGCCGAAAAAACAGUACAACAAGUAUCCGCAGUGCCUGCCACUCCUAACUCCUAGUUAAAGAGAACUGCUCUUUAUUCAAGUGAGCUUUUUCCAUCAUCAAGCUCCUCAUUUAAGACCAAGUUUGUAAGAAUCUAACUUGAGUGGACCAGCGAGGAGUGGCCCCUCACACCAUACAGGAAGGCACUUUCCAGCUACGCGUGGAAUGAAAAGUUGUGUUUAGGGAUACGUAUGAUCAAGAAGGCAUGGGCUGUGGCAGUUCUACUUCAACAAUAGACCAAAGAUCUGAAAAAGCGCUAAGAGCCGCGCUUAUCAUCCAGAACUGGUACCGAGCUCACAGUGCCCGGCUGAAGGUUAGACACCGCUAUGCCCUCACCAUCUUCCAAUCCAUCGAAUAUGCUGAUGAACAAAGCCAACUACAGCUGUCCAACUUCUUCUCCUACCUGCUGGAAAACUACACACACAUAUAUGAAAAAGAUCAACAAUUAGUAACUCGAUUUUACACCAGGACUAUCCAGAGCCACAAAGACAGGCGGGACUUUGUAGGAUUCAUUGAAGUCCCAGAUUCCUACAGAGGUCCUCGACUACAGUUUCCUCUUACUUUUGCUGAUAUUGAUUUACUCAUUGACGCCUUCAAGGACCAACAAGUUCUUCAUGCUUACUAUGUCUUAGAAGUCCUAUUUGAAACCAGGAAGGCCCUAAAACAAAUGCCGAAUUUCACUCGUACUAAAACUUCUCCUACCAAAGAAAUAACAAUCUGUGGUGAUUUGCACGGGAAAUUGGAUGACCUUUUUUUGAUCUUCUAUAAGAAUGGUCUUCCCUCAGGAAACAAUCCGUAUGUGUUCAAUGGUGAUUUUGUAGAUCGAGGAAGAAAUUCCAUAGAGAUCUUAAUGAUCCUGUUUGUGAGUUUCCUCGUCUACCCCAACGACCUCCACUUGAACAGAGGGAACCACGAAGACUUCAUGAUGAAUAUGAGGUAUGGCUUUACAAAAGAAGUUUUGCAUAAAUACAAGCUACAUGGGAAAAAAAUCUUGCAAGUAUUGGAAGAAGUCUACACCUGGCUUCCAAUUGGUACCAUCAUUGACAAUGAAAUCCUAGUCAUCCAUGGAGGGAUAUCGGACUCCACGGACUUAAGUUUGCUCCAAGACAUAGCAAGGCACAAAGUGAAAUCUGUGCUGAUGCCUCCAGUCCCGAUAAAUGAAGAUAAUGUGGAGGAGGUAAAUAAAAGUACAUCGAGUACCUCCACUAUAUCCAGUACAUCCAGUUCAACCCUUACUGAUCCGUUACCAAAGAGUGAAUGGGACCAG